CAGCACCACCUCUCUCUGUCUCUCUCUCUUCAUUAGUCUCACACUCACUCGCUCCGUCACUCCUGCACCACAGACGAGCCGCGUGACCCUCGCCAUGAUCGCUCGCCUCCUCCUGGUCCUCGCACUCAUCGCCAGCCUGGCUUCCGCCGCCCCUGAGCAGUCCCGGGGGCAGUGUAAGUGUUUUCGAACCAGGAGCGGAUUCGGGCCGACCUGGGCCAUCCAGGACAUGCAGAUCUACCCUCCGUCCCAAUUCUGUGGCAAAAUGGAGAUUGUCGUUCACCUCAAGAACGGGGUGCAGUACUGCCUGGACCCCAAAGCGAAGAAGGUCCAGGAGAUGGUUCAGAAACUACAGAACAGCAAUUCUGCUCCCACCGUUUCCCCCGAGGACGGCUCUCCUGACCUCUGGGCUUCCGUCUGAUGUCAUCAUCACUGACCAAUCAGAACUGCGUCCUGAAUAACUUUUGCCGUAUUCCACAUCCAUGGCUAAAACCUUUGCAAAAAAUAGAGCUAUAUUUCUAUCGUAUCGCAGAGCACUUUUAUUUUGUUUGUGUGUAUAUAUGAUAAAGACAUUAGCAUACUUAUGCUAUUGUUGUUGCGUUUCAUGCUUCUAUCCUGUAAGCGAUGUGUAAUCUUUGAUUACAUUUUAAAUACAUUUUUUUAAAGUUUUUAAAUAAAACUUGUGAAACUUA